UCUUCCAAGACCCUCUCUCCUCAUAGGCUCGGUUUUGGCCUGCUAGCUGCAGCCUGCCAGUUUUGGUGGCAGGAGAGGCCUAGGCUGCUUCCUGUGGGCCCCCCGUUGGGCAGAAGCAUGUGGUGGUAUCUCCUCCUGAUCUGGGCCCAGGGCCUGAGGCAGGCUCCCCUCCCAGUCUCAGGAGCUGUGUCAGGCAGGAUAGUAACAAUGGGGAACGUUUCUGCAGAGGAAGGUGGCUCUGUCACCUUGCAAUGUCACCUCUCCUCCACCACUGCCAAAGUGACUCAGGUCAACUGGGAGCAGCAGGACCAACUUCUGGCCGUUCAUCAUGCUAACUUGGGGUGGCACAUCUACCCAGCCUUCAGGGAGCGCGUGGCCCCGGGGCCCAACCUGGGCCUCACCUUGCAGUCGCUGACCAGGAAUGACACAGGGGAAUACUUCUGCACCUAUCACACCUACCCUGAUGGGAUUUACAGAGGGACAUUCUUUCUGGAGGUCCUACACAGCUCAGUGGCUGAGCACAGCGCUGCAUUCCAGAUCCCACUGCUGGGAGCCAUGGCCACCGUGCUGGCAGUCAUCUGUGUGGCAGUCAUCAUGGUGGUCACACUGACCAGAAAGAAAUCUCUCAGAGUCCAUUGUGCGGAAAGUGGCCUCAGGAUGCUGGCACGCGAACAGGAGGAAUGGAACCCCCAAGCUCUGUCAUCGGCUGGAAGUGGCAGGCAGGCAGAGACGGCACCCGUGGGCUUCUACACAGAGCAAAGGGGAGAGGACUAUGCCGAGCCACAUGACUACUUCAAUGUCCUGAGCUACAGGAGCCUUGGAAGCUUCAGCUUCCUGGCUGAGAUGGGUUAGCUGCCCGAGGCAUCAUCUGGGAGAGGCACUCCUGUGUCUGCGGUUACAGGUGGAUGUGUAAGGGUCUGCGGUCUUUGUCACCGCCGUGUGUGCAUGCAAGUAUAUGUUCAGUUGAAUAUGUUCAGUGAAUAAGGGUCAUUCUCUUCACCGUAUUUCCUCUGCCUCUCCCCUUCCCUUCCAUUGUGGCAGACCCAGAGGGAGCAGCUUGUAUCUUGAUUCUGAAUGCACAGUUAAAAAAAAAAAAAUGACUUGGUUUUGAAUCUAGCAGUUGAGCAGACCCUGGGGCUCCGAGAAAUGCCUUCCCCCUCGUAGCACUGGGUGGGGCUUUGGUGGUCUGGGCACGGGCAGAGUUUUGUGGAUGAUGAUGAUGAUGAUGAUGAUGACGAUGAUGAUGAUGGUAUGACUCAUCUCAUUUCUCACGGUCAUUUUCAUCAACAUUCACACAUUCAAGGCAUUUUAUGAACAAGGCAUGGUACCGGCUUCCAUGGGGGAGAUUCGAGCAUGACUAAAAUUGUGCUUUCGGAUCUGAGCCCUUUUAGACCUUACACUUAAGUGGGGUAAUGCCAUUUCCAUUAAAGGUAGUAAGAAGACAGGGAUACGAGACCUAGGCCUUUGGGAAGAGAUGCUGGUGCAGGCUGAAGUAGUCAGGAUAGGCUUGUCUGGGGUGAAGUGGCCUGGGAGGAUGGAGGGAACAGGGAGGCUAGGGUGGUGAGGUUGGGAAUUUUGUCUAGGGAGGACCGAGAAACUGACCAGAACUGCUGAAAUUCCCACAUGGAAGAUCCCGGCACCAAGGGAGCCAACAGGCCUUUGGAUUUUAUUCCUUGGGCAGAUAAUUCAAGUCUCCUUCUGUUGAGUGUGCUCGGAGUCUGGGGAUGGCUGGCUGCAGGGGAUCCGAGGCCUUCCAGAUGCCCGCCGGGGACGUGCGCAGGAGUGUGGCAUCCUCUGUGGGAGCUGCAUCCUAGCCCCUGGCCAGGACAGGACCCACCUUUUCUCUAUCAAUCCACCAUUGAGCCAGUGAGGAAAGAAUCUGUGUCCCACCAAAAGGAAUACCUGGAUUUAAAAUAGGGACUCUUCCAGGGGUGUGGGGCGGGGAAGAGGGUGAUCAAGUGUUUAAAGAUGAAUGCCCUCUCCUUAGCUGCUCUGAACCCUCAAAUCCAUCCCCUGAGCUCUUCGUGCUGGGGUUUGGGUGGCAUCUAAGCACUGGUUUCCAUUUAACUGGCAUUCAGGUCUUUAUCCCACCACCACCUCUCCUAUAGGAGUGAGGAGGGGGCUGGGCUCACAGGUGACAGGUUUUCUUUCCUGGGCAGAGGAACCGAGGAAGAAUGUGAAGCAAGGCUGUUGUUUGCCAAUGGCUGGAAUCAAGCACUGCCCUGCUCCCUAAGAAUUAGGCAGGCUGAGCAAGAAGACAUUUCAACUCCUACUCCUUGGAUUUUGAUUUUGAUUUUUCUCACUUCUCUACCAAUAGGUAUGUGGUUAGGAGCGAUGAGCUGAAAUCUGUCCCAAGCGCUGAGUCCUCUGGAAGACAGAUGGACACGUUUAAAGUGCUAUUAGGUACCACAGCAGUUCACCACACUCUUCUUGCAGAACUAGUGCAAACUGCUUGCGAGUAGAACACAAUUCAUGGAUUGGAGAUGAACUAAAAUGUAAUGACAAAAAGGGAAUGGCAGUUUGAUUGGGAGGAGAUGUCUAUUGGGUCAAGGCUAGACUGAGAGUUACAGUGUUAUUUAACAUGAUUAUAGUAACAGGAAAUAUCUACAAAUACCAUUUGGAUGGUGAUAAAAGUACAAAAGGACCCAUAGAUGUGAUAAAUGGGUUUAGUCAGGUUACUAAAAUGAGAAUGAAUUAGAAAAUAAAUUUUAAAGUGGAAUUCACCAAACUGGCUUUUCCAUGGAGAACCAGAAGAGACAGUCCCCUAAAAGCCAGGUUCCUGGAGACACGUCCUGUCCAGCCAUUCUCCAUGGAUAGCCAUCUAGUGUGCGAGACGUGGUUAGUCUGAACUGAGAGGUAGUGUGCUACAUGUGUAACACACACCCCAGAUUUUGAAGGUUUAUUGAGAAUAAUAAGAAUAUAAACUAUCACGUUAAUAAUUUAAAAAUAUUGAUUACAUGUUGAAAUAAUGGUAUUUGGGAUAU